GAAAUAAUGAACCGACCUAGCAAAUUAGAUGCUUUGAACACAUCGCUGGCGACUAUAAAUACUGGUAUAACAUUACAUUCAACAUCAUAAGACACUGCAGACCAUUGGAAUCACUUACGUGCUGAGCAGGAUCAUCAACCAUGAAGGUCCUUAUAGUUUUGAGCUGUGUACUCGUGGCCGUGCUUGCUGAUGAUAAGUACACUGACAAAUAUGACAAAAUUAACUUGCAAGAAAUUUUGGAGAACAAGAGGCUCCUGGAGUCGUAUAUGGAUUGCGUGCUCGGCAAGGGCAAGUGUACUCCCGAAGGGAAGGAACUGAAAGAUCAUCUUCAAGAAGCUCUAGAGACUGGUUGCGAGAAAUGCACUGAAGCCCAAGAAAAGGGCGCUGAAACUAGUAUUGAUUAUUUAAUCAAGAAUGAACUGGAAAUUUGGAAGGAGCUGACAGCCCAUUUCGACCCCGACGGCAAAUGGAGGAAGAAGUACGAAGAGCGCGCUAAGGCCAAGGGCAUCGUCAUCCCUGAAUACAUGAAGUGUCUAACAAUUGCUGCACUUUUAUUCGUGGCUGGCUUAUCGGUUGCCGAGAAGUACACCGACAAGUAUGACAACAUAGAUGUUGAUGAAAUUCUUGAGAACCGAAAGCUACUUGUUCCUUAUAUAAAAUGUGUAUUGGACGAAGGCCGCUGCACUGCCGAUGGGAAGGAACUUAAAGCUCAUAUCAAAGACGGAAUGCAGACAGCGUGUGCGAAGUGUACAGAUAAACAGAAGGUGUCAGCCAGAAAGAUCGUUAAACACAUUAAGCAGCACGAAGCUGAUUACUGGGAGCAGAUGAAGGCCAAAUACGAUCCCAAAGAUGAAUUCAAAGAAAUCUACGAGGGAUUCCUCGCUGGUCAAAACUAAACUUGUUAUAAAUGC